AUUCUAUGACGUAGUACACAUGAUUACACAGUUGGCAAGCACCUGCAGAAAAUGUCGGAUAGUGUGUCAAUCAACGCGGAGAGUGCUGUGAGUGGGGAGACCGGCAGUAAUGUCGCUCUGUCGUCAGCUGGUGUCCCUCUAGCAAUUGUCCCCGCCUAUAAACACCUACAACAACAGAGAAAAUUCCAGGGGCCAAUCAGUGAACUUCCAGAGCUGCCAUCCCACAGAUUCCAAUACUCUGUUUGGCAUGAUCUGCGGUCAGGCAGUUUAAAGGGGACAGAACUCAAAGCUCCACGAGUCAGAGAAGGUCCUGCUGAAAAAGGAAGGGCAUUUUACCUGUUGAAAGAUGAGGACAAUCAGAAUAUUCACCACUCCCUACAUGGGAAGCAACGUGUACAACAUCGCACAACACUGGAGGACUGGAAUGCAGCUACGUCCGCAAGCCUCUGUUACCAAGAGUUACAUCACCAGUAUCAGAAAGAUAACUUUUACCGUAUCCUUGGCAACCUGAAGAACGUGGAGCAGUUAUACCUUGUAGACAACAGUAUCACCACUCUCGCAUCCUACAGCUUCCCCAAAUGCACUGUGUUGAAUUUGAACAAGAAUUUCAUCUCAUCAUUUAAGAAAUUGCCGUCCAUCCCAAAGAUAACCUGUCUGACGAUGGAGGAUAAUGAUGUGAACAGUUUUCGGGGCCUGAGUUCACUGUCCACCCUAGAGCAGCUGUAUCUCCGUGGAAACCCAAUCUCAUUUGUCGUCAACUACAGACCAAAGGUGUUCAAAAUGCUGCCCCACCUCCAGGUGUUGGAUGGAGUUAGCAAGCUGGAGGAUGAUGAUGUGUUUGUUGAUGAGGAGGACAUUCCAGAUCAGGAGCCAAGCCGCUGUGUGAUUGCCUAGGUGUGUCCUCAUUUACAUUCAUCAGUGUUAGUCAAGACAGGACAGUUCUAAAAACAGGCAUCAUGGUAACCUGAAUCUCUAUAUAAAUACAUAUCAAACAAUGUGACUGUUUUAUGAAGGAUUUUUGAAAUGAAACAUAGUAAGUGGUUCAAAAGUUCAAAAUAUUGCAAAGUCAAUAAUUUUUAAUGUUGUCUGGAAAACUGUUUGACAGACAAUGGCAUGCAACAAUCAAUCAGAUUUACCAUCUAAUGUUUUUGAUUGUUUUCUAGCAAGCUGUUUUAACUCCUGUGCUCAACAGUCAGGGUUUAAAGAAACUAAUGAUGCAGAUUCAUAAUGUCAGAUAGCAAUUUGUUUUUCAUUGGUCAGGUAACAAAAUGGGUGUUUCAUGCCGUAAUGUCAAAAUUAUCUCCCCUUGGUGUUGGGAUCAAUUUCAGUGAAACAGUUCAUCCAGGUGAUCCCAACACUUCGGAGGAGUAGUGUUGGGGAUUUAAAACCAUGUACCAACUGGAUACUGUUUUGUAAACAAGGUAAAUCCAGGAGGCAAAACUAGUUGGCAAAUAAAUAUAAGUACAUUGUGUACCAACUUGUAGUAGGAUGAGGAAUCGUGAUAAAGAUUGUGUCGUCGCUUGGGCUCGAACCCGCGACCCUUGCCUUUCCAGCCCGAUGCUCUACCGCUGAGCUAAAGGGAAAUUCCCCACAGCUGACCCUUGUAAGGCAACCUAGCUAAUCAAUGCACAUCUUUUACAAACUUACUGGUGACACUUGAGCCUGUUGUGAUUGAUUCUUCCUGUGUACAAGGCAACUACUGUAACAGUGUCUCUACUAGCUGCGGGAACCAUAGCUUCUAGGCCCGAUCUUUUAAAAAA